AUGAAAUCUUGAUCAAACAACUCCCAACUUGAUUUCAGAUAUCAACAAUGGCGUACCAACAUUAUCGAUCUCCCUUUGGUGACACCACUUUAACUAAAGUGUUUGUAGGUGGACUUGCUUGGGAGACACAAACCGAUGAAAUGCGUACAUAUUUUCAACAGUUUGGUGACAUUCUUGAAGCUGUCAUCAUCACUGAUAAAAUCACCGGCAAAUCUAAGGGUUAUGGAUUUGUGACUUAUCGGGACCCUGAAUCCGCAAAAAGGGCUUGUGACGAUCCAAACCCUAUGAUCGAUGGGCGGAGAGCCAAUUGCAACAUUGCAUCACUCGGCCGACCUCGAUCUUCUUCUCAAGGAAGGAAUCAAGGUGGCAAUAUUGCGUUUCAAGGGACAAAUACAAUGGGCCAAGGUGCAUCAUCGUCAUCUUAUGGUGGAGUAGCACCACCGCUUGGUACUCCUCCGCCACCGCCGCCACCACCACCACCUUCCGUCAUGUAUCCGCCGUAUGGAUACACGACUUACGCACCCGAUUAUGCUUAUCAACAACAGGCAAUGUACAAUCCAGCACUUCAGCAGCCAUACUAUCAUCAAGUGUAUGGGCCCACAUCUCCAACAGUGUCCACACCUUAUUAUUAUGGGUAUUCCACCACCCAAGCACCCACACCACCCAGGGGAACAUUUGCUGCUCAGGCGCAACGUAUCCAAGGUCCCUCUUAUCUUUACUAUCCUACGCCUCAGAUGGAUCCCUCCACAUUCCCCGGCUAUGUUACGCCACCUUUACUUCUCCCCAGCAGGCAUCCUUUUCCUUCUCCUUCCCCUACCCCUACCCCUACCGGUUCCCAGACUCCACAAAAUACAACUGCUGAAACAGAAGGUGGUGCAGUAACUUCAGAGAGUCCAAACACCUAAAAGAUGGUGGCCAAAAAAGAAAACAAAAUACAAAAUUGACAAAGUUUCAUCAAUGGUCCUUCAACUCUCUGUAUUCUUCCAUUUUUCUGAAAGAAUCAUAAAUAAUUUCUUUCUGGUCAUAAUGAUGAUCCAUCUGCUGCUGAUUAUUCUUUAUCCUCACAUUGAGAGUAAUAAU